AUGAAAAGCCUUCUUCUUCUUGCUGCCAUUGGCAUGACAAUGGCAAUUCGCGAUCAAUCUAUAGCUGUUCGAGGAAAGUUAAUGUGUGGAUCGAAGCCGGCAUCGAACGUACGAGUGAAGCUCUGGGAAGAGGACGGCGGUCCGGAUCCGGAUGAUCUCCUCGACGAAGGCUACACGGGCGAUGAUGGUGAAUUUGAACUCCAAGGUGGCACCGCCGAACUCACACCUAUUGACCCGAUUUUUAAGGUGUACCAUGACUGCGAUGACGGAAUUAAGCCUGGUUCAAGAAAAGUGAAAUUUGCCCUGCCGAAAUCCUACAUCACUGAUGGAAAAACUCCAAAGAAAACAUUUGACAUGGGAGUUCUGAACCUGGAAACGAUAUUCGCCAAGGAAGAACGAGAACUGAUUGUUAGCAGAAGAAGGAGAGAGAGAAUUAACACUGAAUACACGGAUGCUGACACAAGCAACGACGAAGAGACUUGGUAA